AUGCAUUUAACUCAGAGUUUUGCCUUAUCGUGCCUGGUGGCGGCUGGUCUGGCUCUGCCUGGUAUUGGUGGGACCAAACUCCAGGAAAACAAGGCGCGCAGUCCCGGUUAUGCCGUUAAGGAGCCUCCCUUGACAACGCCAUGGACUGACAAAGUCGGAACAAACCCCUGGCCUGAAUAUCCGCGGCCGUUGGUGCAGCGCCCUGAAUGGAAGAAUCUCAACGGGGAACUCGCACAGGAUGUUUUGAUUCCGUCGUGUCUUGAGAGUGGAUUGUCUGGCAUCCAAAGUGAUUGGGCUUUGUACUCUUGGUUUUCGACAUCCUUCGAAGUAUCUCCUUCUUGGAAGGGCGAGCAAGUACUGCUCAAUUUUGGAGCUGUAGACUACGAAGCCACAGUAUUUAUCAAUGGUCAAAAUGCAGGCUUCAACCGUGGCGGAUAUUUCCGCUUCGUGGUAGACGUGACCAAGUACCUGAAGUUUGAUCAGCCGAAUGAGCUACUUGUUUUCGUACAUGAUCCCACUGACGAUGGUGACUAUGUUAUCCCCAUCGGAAAGCAGACCCUGAGACCCAGUCACAUCUUUUAUACCCCGUGCAGUGGUAUAUGGCAAAGUGUUUGGCUCGAGGCUGCCCCGUCCAACCACAUUACCCAACUCGAUCUUGACGCAAACAUGGAUGGUCAAGUAAGCAUCACUGUACACAGCUCCGCCAAUGAGACUGCCGAGGCCGAGGUCACUGUCCACAAAGAUGGUGAGACUGUUGCAACCCACAAAGGCCCCACCAAUGAGCAAUUCCAAUUCACAGUAUCUUCACCGAUGCUCUGGUCUCCGGACUCGCCGAAUCUGUACAAUGUUACUGUCAAACUCGGCGAUGAUCAGGUGGAGAGCUAUACUGGCUUCCGCACAAUCUCUCAGGGUAAGGAGGCGAUGGUGUACGAUUUGCAGAUGCUAAAGAAGUUGGGAUUCAACAUGGUCCGCAAGCAUAUCAAAAUUGAGACCGAUCUGUUCUAUCAAGCAUGCGACGAGCUCGGUCUGCUUGUAAUUCAGGACAUGCCUUCCCUGCGCCCGCUCCAGUCCAGGAGGGACGCAAACGGCAACUCGGUUACUAUCCUACCGAACGACCAGCAGCAGGUUGAAUUCGCCCGCCAGUUGGAUGUGAUGGUUAACCAGUUCAAGAGCUUCCCUAGUAUUGUCACUUGGGUCAUUUACAACGAAGGCUGGGGCCAGAUCACAGCAUACCACCCCGAGUUUGCACUGACCGACCGGGUUAGGCAGCUGGACCCCACUCGGCUUGUGGACUCGACGAGCGGCUGGGUAGACCACGGCGCUGGAGACUUCAGUGACAACCACCACUACGCAAACCCCCAAUGCGGCAGUCCCUUUUAUUCCACGCCCUCGAGCCCAUAUGAUCCCAGCCGGAUUGGGUUCCAGGGUGAAUUUGGUGGCAUCGGGACUAACGUAUCCAUUGAGAAUCUCUGGAACGAUCAGGCAGCCAUCAACGCUAUCGACCAAACAUACGAAAUCGAUACCACCAUUGAGGCAUGGAAUUAUCGCAGUCACCGUCUUCUGAACGAUCUCGAGGAUCAGGUUCGCCUGUACGCAUGCAGUGGCGGCGUCUGGACCCAGACGACCGAUGUUGAGGGUGAGGUCAAUGGUCUGAUGACCUAUGACCGUCGCGUGGAAAGAGUCGACGUGAAGCAGUGGCAGGCAGAUAUUAAGGCUCUCUAUGAUGCCGCCGCUGCACGGAGCAAGGAACGACGGAAAGCUCAUAAUGUAUUUAGUGGACAGAUUACCCCAUCUGAGGCCGCCCAGAUGUCUGGAUGA